AUGGCCUACAGUCCGUUCCAUCCAUAUAUCCAAUGCCCAUCAACAACUACUCCAGCUCAAUUUUCCUACAGUAUGACAUCUGUUCCAGGAAUCGCAAUGUUUCCUCCAGGAACAUACAACCCAGGAAUGAUUCCACGCAAGAAUAGACGAGAGAGGACAACUUUCAAUCGACAGCAGUUGGAAGUUUUAGAGAAUUUGUUUUCUCGAACCCAUUAUCCUGAUGUUUUCACUAGAGAGAAGGUGGCGGAAGAAAUAAAUCUGCAGGAAGGCAGAAUUCAGGUUUGGUUCAAAAACAGACGUGCAAAACAUCGACAACAAGAACGUCAAAAGCCGAAGGCGGAAAAAAACGAAGUUGAAGCCGAUUCUACUGGACCUAAAAUAAAGGAAGAGCCCCCUUCCAACGGUUACAAUCAAAUCAGCAGUGAGCCUGAAUCAGGUUCUCCACCUAAGACAGGCUUAUCCCCGAUGUCCAAAACAGAUUCACCUGGCGUGAGCGUUACAGACAACAGUUGGAGCAAUGAAUCAACGGCGAGUGUUUCCUCAAGCUCCGUAACAUCGUCUAGUAGUACUCCAGGAGUUUCUGCCUCAUUGGCUGUCAAUAUCAGUAGCCCGACCGUAUACAACUCAUACCCCUUCUACUCUACUUACUGUCAGCCAGUAUUUGACCCUAGUUAUACAACUUAUUCAACUUAUCCAGCUUAUUCUCAAACCCAAUACAACACCCCAAAUCCUUAUUUGUUUCCUGGAACGAAUACAUCUCUUUAA